CGCCGACAGACUCUGCGAGACUUUGUCCUUGCCCGGGCAUUCUCGCGAUGAUUACAGCAGGAUUUCCUUUUUUUGGGGGGGGGGGGGGGAAUUACAGAAAACAUGGCGGACAGGCUAACGCAGCUCCAGGACGCUGUCAAUUCGCUCGCGGAUCAAUUUUGUAAUGCCAUCGGCGUCCUGCAACAAUGUGCGCCCCCCGCCUCCUUCAGUAACAUCCAGACGGCGAUCAACAAGGACCAGCCCGCCAACCCGACAGAAGAAUAUGCCCAGCUGUUUGCAGCCCUGAUAGCCAGAACAGCCAAAGACGUGGAUGUACUGAUCGACUCUCUGCCCAGUGAGGAGUCCACAGCAGCUCUGCAGGCGGCCAGUCUACGGCAGCUGGAGGAGGAGAACCAUGAUGCAGCGGCUCGUCUGGAGGACGUGGUUUACCGCGGCGAUAUGCUGCUGGAGAAGAUCCAGAGCGCUCUGGCCGACAUAGCCCAGUCUCAGCUCCGCACCCGCAACGGAGCCCCGAGCCAGGCCUCACCCUCCGAAUCCUGACCCUGAACACAACGUCAAACAAUUUUGGACAAUUUCACUCAUGUUUUGACUCUUCAUUUUUUUUUACCCUCAAAGACCAAACCCAAACCUGAAACAUUCAAACGCAGGCUGAACGUACGUGCCCUUGCAGUAAGUGUGUGAAAUGUGUCUGUAUGGACGACGCCAAUGCAGACCAGAUGUGUGUGUGUGGAUAAGAUUCUUUCGCAGGUCGGGAUAUUAACAGUUAAUCAUAUUUUCAUGUGCCCUUUAAGUAAUUUGUCUUAGAGGGGGUUACAGACGUCUUGGUCUGAAAACCGACUGGGAAGGGGUAACAGUUCUUCGCAUAGACAUACACAUUUUUUUUUUUCUUGAUACAAAAAGUUUUUGGGUAAAACUACUUUCCUCAUGGUCUGAAAGAGUCUUUCAGGUUUUGUAUGUUUUUGUACAGUAUAUGUUAUAUAUUGAGUUGUAUCUCAGUCUGCUUUUGUAGAUAUUCAUGAAUAAAAUUCUCAUAAUCCUAA